UGCAUGCGCUGUAGCAUCUUUUUGCUUUUUUGGAUUUUAAGUUCCUUCUGCUGUGUUUUUCAGUGUUUUAGAAAUGAUGGCCACUCGUUGGCUUGAUACGUGUAUUGAGUCCAAAUUUGGUGUCAAUUCGUCCAAUGGUUCUUGAGUUAUGUUAAUCCCACAAACGAACAUUACAUUUUUAUUUAUAUAGAUAAUGGUAACAUGUUUUCAUCUUCAUCAGAUCUUGAUAACAUUUCCAACUGUAUGAAAUGUUGGCAGGAAGUCUCUAAUUUUUGAACUGCAGAAGCUAACAAAAUAUCAGAGGGAAAAGGUUCUGUUAUGGGAUGACAAAGAGAGAACAGCUUGUCCUGUCUGCAUCUGUAACAGACCGCCUGGGUCAGGGGGAUAUUAAUGAAGUAUAUCCCAAGAUAUUUGGCUCCAUGAGAGAAAAGAGCAGAAGACAUCGCUUUUUCUCAUUCUGCACACAGAAGAUGAUUGACUGGAGGCUGAUAAGAAGCUUCUUCCAUCAAAUCUGAGACAGCAGCUUCCAAUGUCGGCAGAUAAAAGCAACUGGAUUCCAGAACAAGAAACGACAGUUGGCACUAAAUUUCUACAAAAGGCACGGAAGAGCCCUUUGGUGCCAAUUGGCAUGAUGGGGUUUGCUGUUGUGGCAGCCUGUGGCCUUUACCGACUGAAGGGAAGAGGGAGCAUGAAGAUGUCUGUCCAUCUGAUUCACACUCGGGUAGCUGCCCAGGCCUGUGUAGUCGGAGCCGUAACCCUUGGCGCUGUCUACAGCAUGUACAAAGACCACUUUCAGAAACAGAAAUAGAUGGGACGUUGAAUGGCAUUGGCUUGUCCCUUCUCCAUGAAUGGAUCUGAAGACCCCUGUAGCAACUCCAGCAGCGUUGGGAGAUCAUCUGAUUUGCUCUUGCAGAAGA